AUGCAGGCGGAGAGGUCAGACUUGGCUCCUCCCAAAGAUGACCCGUUCACUUUGGACCAAUUGAAACAAUUCGACGGAUCUGAUCCCUCGAAACCCAUUUACGUCGCUAUCAAAGGGACUGUGUUCGAUGUUUCCCACAAGUCUGACACUUACGGGCCGGGAAAGUCGUACAACCUGUUCGCAGGGAAAGAUGCAUCGAAGGCAUUAGGGAAGUCAAGUCUCAAGCCUGAGGACGCCGUACCAGACUAUAGUGAUCUGCCGGAGAACGAGAUGAAGGUAUUGAACGACUGGCACGUCUUCUUCACGAAACGCUACAAUGUUGUUGGCAAAGUUGUAGAUCUGCCAGCUGCCGUGGCAAAUCUAUAG